CUUCAGUGGGUUUUCUUCUUCUGUCUGUUUGCAGGUCUGCAGUCUGGAUUUGUCACUCUGCCCCACCUCUCUCGCAUUGACAGACAGUUUUAUGAUGGAGACGUCCGGAAAGGGUCUCUACCGGACAGUGGUGGCUUCACGCUGACUUGCUCAGACUCCCUCAUGUCGUUCACUGUAGACCAGACGUCCAAUCACAGCCAGGCAGCAGACGAGGAAGAGGAAGGAGAGGACCACAGCUCUCUAACAGAGACGCCUGUGCAGAGCCCUGAGUUGACUUCACCCAAUCCUUCCAUGAGUAGCAGGUCAUUCAGCAGUAACCUUAACAACAGGGGGCGCUCUUGUAGCGUCGACUGGGCAGAGGAAGAGGAGGAGAGGGGGUCACUGAGGACUCCAGAUGUGAGCACUGGGUCUCCUCAGAGAGCGGAGCCGGUGAUGGAGGCAGAAAGGUUCCAGAGGGCGGCUGACGUGCUGUCUCGUCAUUAUGGUGGAGGCUCCUUCACAAAGGGAACGAGGAUGAGCAACGACACCCCCUCUCCUGCUUUGUCCCAAAGCCGCAAAACACCAUAUGCCUUUUCUGAAGAGGAGGAAGAGGUCAAAGUCUAGAUGUUGAAAGUCUUUCUGAACGAGAGCAGGAACUUCAUUGAUUCAAUAAAACCAUAGAAACCUUCCAGUGACUGGAAUUCUGGGUUGAUUUCAAGUCAGGGAGGCUGAACGUUGUGUGAUAUUCUGUUCUUCAAUAGAAAGAUGCUUCCUCUUCUCACAUAAGGGACGUCAGUGAUCAACUACCAGAUCCUGGUCUGUCUUCAGUUUCUGCAGGAUGGAUGUUUGAUGCUGAUCUCGACCCUGGACCUUCCCCUCUCUCUGCACUACGUUGCUGCCAUGAUUUUAUAGAUUGUUUAAACUAUUCUAAAGAUAAGUCACUGAAUGAGUCUGACACCACACGAUGGAUUCUUGUCAAGACAAAAUAUUAAUAAUGACUUUUUAGUUUCAUCAGUAACAAAAAUGUAAAAGAGAAUAAAAUAUGUCACACCUGCAUUAAUUAUCCUCAUAACAGUCGACUGAAUAUACCCGGGAACAAUGAAUUUUGAAUGGACUUUUUUUUCUUCUACUUUUUCCCACUGUACAUAAUCGAUCACUUCAUAAUCAUGAUGUUCAACAGCAAAAUGUGUUUUACAUAAAUAAAGAUCUUCAGGUUCAAAGAUCUGAGGCGUCAAGCUGAACCUGGAAUUUGGGAAAUAAAGUUUUAUAACACUUGAGAUAAAACCUCUGUAGAUUGUAAAAUAAUUUACUGUAAGCAGGAAUAAUGGUGUUAUAAACCUAACAUCGUUGUACAAGUAUAGCUUAUAUUGAUCACUUCACCUGUCACGUGUAUAUGGGAUUGUUUAUCAAGCUUUUAUCAGUAUUAGUUUAUCUUUUUCUAAAAUGAUAAAGCUGAUGUAAUAAAGGCCUGAAUUCAGAA